CUCCAAGCGGAUAAUCCCUCCAAACAAACGAACUGAAAUUGAAAAAAGUUACCAAAAUCUGUGAAGUUAUUCGCCUGAUCUGAUUUUACAAGAUGUUUGGGUUUGAAAUGUUUGGUGGUGUGCCUAGGACAUUCAAUACACACUUUCGUUGCUAUUCAGUCGUUAUGUUUCCGGGAAACGAGAGAGAAGACGUGGAACGUGGCGGUAAAAUUAUAAUGCCUCCCUCAGCCUUGGAUCAACUAACAAGACUUCACAUUGUUUACCCAAUGCUCUUCAAAUUGUCCAGUACAAAAUCAGGUAGAAAUACUCAUUGUGGAGUACUGGAGUUUGUUGCUGAUGAAGGCAAGAUUUAUCUUCCUUACUGGAUGAUGCGCAAUUUACUGUGUGAAGAAGGUGGUUUGCUACAGGUGGAGAGUGCAUCACUGCCUGUUGCAUCAUAUGCCAAGUUUCAACCACAAUCAGUUGACUUUUUGGAUAUCACCAACCCAAAGGCUGUCUUAGAAAAUGCACUCAGAUCAUUUGCCUGUCUCACCAAAGGUGAUGUAAUUGCAAUCAAGUACAAUGAAAAGAUUUAUGAGUUUUUGGUUCUUGAAACAAAACCUGGAAAUGCAGUGUCAAUUAUCGAGUGUGAUAUGCAGGUUGAGUUUGCCUCACCUGUUGGAUAUGUUGAACCAGAAAGGCAAGAGAAAAAGGCUGAGAAAAAAGAAGAAGAGCAAGCUGAUGUACCGCAUGUGGAACAUGGUUUCCAGGCUUUUACUGGUUCAGGAUUUCGCUUGGACGGGAAGAAAAAGAAGUCAAAUGUUCCGUCUAAUCCGGUACCAAUUGGUCCUCCUGUUAUUAAGAGGGGAAUUCCUAAUUACGACUUCGAAAAAGGGAAGAUUACUUUUAAAAGGAACUUAAACAAAUCGAACAACUCACAGUCGAACAACAAGGGAGAAUCUAGUAAGCCAGAAUUUGAAGCUUUUACAGGGUCAGGAAAAACGUUACGACAAAAGAGGAAAAAUUAGGUGUUAAAAAAAUGGAGUAUUUAGUUAAACCAUACAUAAAUGUACAGUAUGAAUGAGAAGAGAGAGUUUUGGAAUCAUGCAAAGCUCACUUAUUUCCCACUAAAACUAUUUACAGAAUUGAAGUUAAGCUCAGGCUGGUGGAAGUCUGUACGACACUAAAUAAACAUCGAAGAUAAACGAGCUAUUUAUGUAGUGUAAGUAAAUUAGUUUUCAAUGAAAGAGCUCAGUUUUGGAACGUGAUUGUGGUAUACUGGUUUGUUAAAUUGAUCUUUCUACAUAUUCAAGUACAACGAAACGACAAAUAAACUCCGAUCAGAUAGAUUUCAAUUCUUGUGUAAUCAGAACACAGGCGUUCUGCUUUUUCAAUAUAUCUCUAAUAUCAAUGUACUUGAAUGCUUGACCAUUCAUAUUUAUGCAAGUUAUUCUAUUAUGUUUGAAAUGUUUAUUAAAUAUUGAAGUUUUCCACAACUGACAA